GUCUUGGGACUACCUCCUGGCACUGCAGAUGAGGAUGCAGUGCGAAGUGCUUUCCGGCGCCUUGCAAAGGUCUAUCAUCCUGAUGUGCCGCAGACGGGAGACAUUACCAAGUUCCAGGAGCUCCAGACGGCGGCGCAGCAGCUGAUAACAGGACGGGCUCCUGCCCCUGCUUGGGAUGCCAGCUCGCUCGAGACGCUGUUCACUGGAAGCUCUACCCACGUCUACUCGUCGCCGGCGCAGAGGCCGCCGUCCACGGCGCACCAACCACUGCAGCAAGCUGACUUCGCAAGCACCCGGAAUGGCAGAGUGGACAUUGCCUACUGCAACAGCAUGCGCAGCCCGAGCUUGCGCAAAGCGCCGAGGCUCGACAGGAUCACUCACCAAGCGUCUCCAGAAACGCUGUCCCGAGUUCAGCGGGUGCUGACAGAGAUGUCCGGCACCAGUGCCGAGCCCUCGAUGCCGCUUCCCAUGGUCGGUUUCAUCCUGGAGGGGCACACUCACAGCAUCGGUGAGCAGCAGGUCGCCAACAUAGCCAUGGCCCUAGAGAAGGAGUUUGGCAUCGAGCUCCUCACGAUCUUGGCUGGCACCUGGAUCAACUUCCCCAUGCCGGUGGAGCUACAGACCGUCAAGGACUUAGCCGACUUCGUGGAGAGCAAAUUGGCAGCCUGA